AUGGCGGACAAAAUAAGUCUUGCAAAUACAGAUGAUAUCCCCGAUCUCAUUGAGAUAUUUUGGGAAGCCUUUAGCGGACCGGGAGAGGCUGUGUUUCCCCAUACGGAGGCAGGCCGAAAGUGGCUCCAGCGAAGUUUUGAUAACUUUCUGGGUAAGAGGUCUUUCUACAGGCCUGAAGCAAAGGUCGCAGUUGUUAGGAAUAAUAACGGCAGGCCGGUUGCGUUUGCCAUCGUCCACAUCGUCCGCUCAGGUCAAAACAUUGCCGACAAGUCGUGGAAUACGCGAUGGUCGCGAUGCGAGGACAUACCAGGGAUAAGCGAAGAGAAACUCGCAGAAUUCUUCGAGCCUCUAGCGAAAGCCCACUACAUGGUCGUAGGAAAGGAGGGUCACGUCUUCAUCGAAUUCGUCAUCACGAAGUCUAAUAGUCGAGGAAGAGGUUACGCAUCAGCGCUUGUGGGAUGGGCGACGGAGCUAGCUGAUAACCUCGACAUUCCUUGCUAUCUCGACGCUGGGGUGCGCGGCAUGGGCAUCUGUGACCGGUGCGAUUUCCAGGCGCAAGACAUUGAGGUACGGUACGGCGGACCGCCGCCUUGCACGCCUAUGUUGCGAUCGAAAAAGUAG